AUGUCUCAGCCAUUGGAAAAAGCCCUAGCCACCAUUCAGUCCUUAAUUGAUAGUAUGCAUCGGGAGAUACCUUCGGUCGUUGCAAUCAUCGGCUCACUCCGUGGUUCUCGAGAUCUUCUAUUAGAGGACAGCAUGUACACCGUUCCAAAAUCGUCAAAUAUGUUCAGCCUCAUUCUUCUACUUGUGGCUACAAGCCUAGCCACCAUCGCAAUACUCGACCCCAGUGACUUCGCAGAUUUAUCAGGAGAUGCAGCAGACAAUACUCUCACUGCUGAAUGGGAUUAUGCUCCACUUUCAUACCAAGAGUACCUGAUCACAGGGCCUUACAUCUACAACGAUACCUCGAAAGAGGUCUCCCACAAAACGCUCACGGUGGCGCGCAAUGACACAAGCGUUGUCGUGGUCACAGAGAGUUCGCAUGUGAAUAUGUCUGGGUCUACUGUGAUCAAGAAUGGAUAUUCUAGUGACUUAUACCAAUCGAGCUUCUAUGGGCUGAAUGCUGCAGUGAACAUAGCUAACGCCUCGGUCGCCUAUCUUGACAAUGUCAAUCUUUGGUCCAGUGUCACCUGGGACGGUACUGUCGUUGGAAAAAAUCUGAGCCAUUAUUCAGAGGCAUACCGAUCUUCUUCUUUUGCUGGUGACAGCCCUAAGGGAUACGUCUAUGUUUACGAUUCCAUUGCCCACACUGCAGGGAUUGGGAGUGCAAUAUUCUGUGGACAAGGGACAGUCUAUGCCGAAAAUGUUGUCGGUCAAUCGGGGUCCGAGAUAAGUCUGACCAAUUCUCGUCUCACUGAGCUCCCUGACGACGCAGCGGGUCUUUGGUUUGGGAACGUGAUAGCGAGCACAAGUCUUGUACGGUCGCAAAUCAACACUACUUCGGGCAUUUUGGUCAUCGCACAUUACACCCAGGUGACUCAGGAAUUUAAUCAUUUCGCCGACUCCACUGCUGCUGCCGAAGCUACGAUUACAAUCUCCGAGUCAACCCUCACUGGGGACUUGGUCGCUUUCAAUGGAAGUUCAUUUAGCUGGGUCUUGGGCAACUAUUCGACGUGGACCGGCAAAACAUACUCUGGCUAUGGAAACGCGUCAUUUUCCGUAUCACUUGACGCUACCUCAUCGUGGACGCUGACAGGCAACACUGCCUUGACGAACUUUACUGAUGCGGAUACCACUCUAGGCAAUGUCCACUGCGCGGGAUAUAAUCUCUACUAUGACUCUAGUAGCGCCCACAAUCGCUGUGCUUCCAAGAAGAUGCAUGGCGAAGGAUACAUUAAGCCUGCGACCAAGUCACAGCUACAGGGCUCUCACUAA